UGACACAACAUAAAACAACAGGAUACACAAAGACAAACAAAAAAGUAUGAAACUGCCUGGGUUUUUAUAGAGUUGAGAGAUUUUUUUUAUUAUUAUCUUGAGCCAGUAUAAAAUAAAUACACUUUCCAUCAAUGUCUCAUCUAAAUGUAUUUAAAAAUAGACUCCUCAGGAAUGAAAUCUUUACAAUUAUGAAUCAGUGUCUCUCAGAAAAAAAUACAUUGAAUUCAGUAGGACUUGCUCUUGAAUAUAAGAGCCAUGGGAACAGAUGGUAAAUGUUCUUGUUUAUAGGCAAAUAACAGCGAUCCAGAAUUUGUGUGUACGGACGUUAUCAAACGUGUGUGUGAGAUCCGAUUUAGGAUUGGGUUUACGGGGUGCCACUCAAGUCACCUUUUGGUUAUUUGCAUGAGGAGGAGACUAUAAAUAAGUAAUGGUCCAGGAAACGCCUUUCCAGGCGCACUCCUCUGAUGCUGCCGUGAGCACAGCGAACCCAGAUCACGUUGCCUUUCGUAGCUGACGGUAUACAAAAAAAGAGAUCGGCAAGAUGUCCUACAGAUCAGCUCCGCAUUCUUCUUACAAAAAGAUGUUCGGCGGAGACAGAACCCCGACCAGGAGCAUCCACUCCGGCCGCCAGUUCUCCAGGCCGGUGCGCUCCUCCCGGGUCUCCUUCGGGCUCUCCUCCGCCCCGGCCAUGUACGCCGUGAAGACCCACAGGCUCCAGAGCAGCGCGGCCAUGCCCCGGCUGUCCUCCGAGAACCUGGACUUCUCCCUGUCCGACGCCAUAAACAGCGAGUUCAUCACGACGCGCACCAGCGAGAAGGCGCAGAUGCAGUCCCUCAACGACCGCUUCGCCAGCUACAUCGAGAAGGUGCGCUUCCUGGAGCAGCAGAACAAGAUCCUGCUGGCGGAGCUGGAGCAGCUGCGGGGCAAAGGCACGUCCCGGGUGGGAGAUCUGUACGAGGACGAGAUGCGGGAGCUCCGGCGCCAGGUGGACCAGCUGACCAACGAGAAGGCCCGGGUGGAGGUCCACCGGGACAACCUGGCGGACGACAUCGACAGGCUGAGGGAGAAGUUACAGGAUGAAAUCUACCAACGGGAGGAGGCAGAGGGAAACAUGCAGAGCUUUAGACAGGAUGUGGACAAUGCAGCUCUCUCCAGACUGGACCUGGAGCGGAAGGUCGAGUCACUCCAGGAGGAAAUCAACUUCCUCAAAAAGCUGCAUGAUGAGGAAAUGCUGGAGCUGCAGACCCAGAUCCAGCAGCAGCAGCAGCAUGUCCAGGUCGACAUGGAAAUGGCCAAGCCUGACCUGACUUCCGCGCUGAGGGAUGUCCGCCUGCAGUAUGAGAACCUGGCCACCAAAAACCUCCAGGAGUCUGAGGAUUGGUACAAAUCCAAGUUUGCGGACCUCACCGAAGCUGCGGCCAGAAAUAACGAAGCUCUGAGGGUGGCCAAGCAGGAGGCCAAUGACUACAGGCGCCAAGUACAGGCACUUACUUGUGAUGUGGAUGCCCUCAAAGGAACUAAUGAGUCCUUGGAGCGUCAGAUGAGAGAGAUGGAAGAAAACUUCUCCCUGGAGAACAAUGGCUAUCAGGACACCAUCGGCCGCCUUGAGGAGGAUAUUCAUAACAUGAAGGAUGAAAUGGCUCGUCAUCUCCGAGAGUACCAAGAUCUCCUGAAUGUCAAGAUGGCCCUGGACAUUGAGAUUGCCACUUACAGGAAGCUGCUGGAAGGAGAGGAGAGCAGAAUCUCCACCCCCCUCCCAAACUUCUCUUCUCUAAACUUGAGAGAAACAAUGAUUGAUUCCAAACCUCACUUUGAAAAUACAACUACCAAGAAGGUUCUCAUCAAGACCAUUGAGACCAGGGAUGGUCAGGUGAUCAAUGAAUCAACCCAGAACCACGAUGACAUGGAGUGAUAACGUCUCUGCUAAACAAUCAACACAAGCAAUAAAGAAAAUAAAAAAAGCAACUGAAGCCACGAGCAAGAAGACGAACGGGCAACCCACAAACAGCUUAAAAAAAGUGCCUUUAUAUGUGAUGAUACACUAAGCUUGUUAGUCAAGAGAGACUGUAUUUUGCUUCCUCCGUUGCUGAAAGCACUUUGUCAUGUCCGUGUAGGCACAAUGAUGAAAUCAGCACAACUUAGCAAUCCUCACUGAGGACUACAAUAACAUUUCUUUGUAUGAAAAGUAGUUCUUUCGAUCAACUCAGCAUGCACACUUCGAGAAAUCUGUAUGCUAGAGAUGUCGCAAUUGCCUGUAUGCAGCAAUAAACCACGAAGACUGUGACUCCAUACUGUGAACAAAGCGUAAUACUUUGCCAUGCGUUAUGGUCAGAAUGCAGAUCCAAGAACUGGAAAAGUUCACAUUUCAAGCAACAAACAAACCACAAGAUUUACAUUAAGUGUUCAACUUGCGAUAUCGCUCUUGAAAUCCAUUUCUGAGAAGUUAAUGUAUAUGUGAUGCAUGACAUCCCUCACUGAUUUGAAGAGAUUAAUGAGAAAAAA